AAACCUAUUUAAAGGAGGGAUAGGUAGAAGUUAGGACACACAGAGAACCCAGUGAAGUUCUUUGAAGAUCUCUGAAGAAGUGAAGCUACACCUGAAGAUUUCAGAAGAAGACUAUAUCAAUGGCGAUGUUGACCAUCCUUCUGCUUCUCAGCGCUGCCAUUGUUCUGGGCGAGGCCUUUGAUCUACGUGCCACAAGGGCUGGGGUGGAGGAGGAACAGCAGGAGGCAGGAGCAGCAGAGAGUGAUCAUCCAUGCCCCAGAGGUUGGACCAAAUAUGGAUCACGUUGCUUUAUGUUUGUCAACACUGCAAUGACAUGGGCCCGAGCUGAGAGCUACUGUCUGUCCCAUCGAGCAAACCUGGCCUCUGUGCACAACUGUGGGGACAACUAUAAUUUACAGCAAUUGGUGUUGAAAAACACCGGCCAACAUCAAACUAUCUGGAUUGGAGGAGUUGAUGCUGUUCAGAACAAACAAUGGUUCUGGAGUGACGGCUCCAAAUUUGAUUACGAGAACUGGGAGCAAGGAGAGCCCAAUUAUUAUGGUGGCAGGGAGCACUGUCUUGAAAUGAACUUUGGAGGUGACAAAAAGUGGAACGAUUUAAACUGUGAAGAGAAAUUGCCCUUGGUGUGCGCACUGAAAACCUGUUAAAUCAAGCAAAACAUCAACUCAACUGAAAAAGAAACGUUUUUCCAGUGUCAGCAUCCUAACUGAACACACAAGUCAAAUACUUUGAAAAUGAUUUGUUUCGCUAAAAUUAACAUUUUAGUUACUUGUUGUGCAUAAAUGUUGAGUAAUGAUUCUGUGGUUUGUUGUCAAUAAAACUGGUGUACACAUUA